AUGGCUCCUACACAAGCAAAGCACGAACGCGCGGGUUCGGAUCCCACUGAGACUCCACUGGCCAAGAGGCCAAAACCUGAACCCUUGGAACCUCAACCUGCUAUCGAGGCUCAACCAGUGGAGAUAGUUGUUGCAACCAAAGCCGAGAUUGCCAAUGAUACACCUCCCGAGACCAUCCCCACCGGGCAUCUAUUGAAUGCCGGUCGGCAUUUGAUCCCAUCCGACGUUAUUCGUACAAUGCGUUCCGCGCAGCCGGAGGCCGUCUCCAAAAUCCAUGUUGCAGACGAGGAGCCUGACAUUGUUGGCCUCAUGGUACGCUGGUGUUAUCGAAGCAAAAUACCGACCGUGACAGCUCAAAUGCUGUCCAAGCCAUUUGCUUUGAAUCUUGGAGAGAGGCUGCUAAACGUGCUGCCCCUCCCCAUGCCCAUAACAGAUGCAACGGAGAAACAUCCCGCUCAGUACCAAACGCUUGCAGUAUACUUCGACGCAUACCAUUCUGACGGAGUCCAGAAAACUGAUUCGUUCGAAGAGCUCAGACUUUGCGAAUACGAGAAGAAAGCGGGCGCAUUUGGGGUCUACAAGGGAGUUGUGUGUAGCCAUGCCUGGGACAGUAACGGGCAGGAAAGGCAACCAGACUUGGACGACAUCAGAAAACACCUUCAAGAUGUUGAAGGAAUACCCAUGUUUGGAACAGGGAAUGCACGAGUGGAGGCAGAGCUCCUCCAGCUGAAGCUUGUCAAACUUUCCAUGAUGGCUGCGAAGCACGGCUGGGUGCAACUCCUGGAUGCUACACUGUUUGCAUACGCGAAGGGUGAGAUCAACAUCAGCCGGCGUUGUCCCGUUCUGCGCCAUAUCGAGCUAGCUUACUCUGUUGCUAGUGGCCUGCCUCGUCUGCGUGACUUCAUGGCAGCCUAUGCUUCUGUCACUACACAGACUCACAACACCCGUGCUGAGCUGCUCGCCCUGUAUCCGAAGUGCCCUGGCUUCCUUCAUGACGUAAUGGCACGACAAGAUGCUCAGACUGGUCUUGCCAACCCACUAGUAUGGUACACUACGCGAUAUUGUCCUAAUGGGACGGAGAGGCCACGGUCUAUUUAA